GGUGACAUGGCAGUAUCCAACACAAUAGGGAGCAAUGUCUUUGACAUUCUGGUGGGCCUUGGCGUUCCAUGGGGUUUGCAGACCAUGGUGAUUGAUUUGGGAUCAACUGUUAAGAUAAACAGCAAAGGAUUGGUCUAUUCAGUUGCACUUUUGCUAGGAUCAGUGGCACUUACUGUGUUUGGAAUCCAUGUAAAUAAGUGGAAACUUGACAGGAAAUUAGGCAUCUACGUGUUGUUUCUUUAUGCUGUUUUCCUGUGUUUCUCUACAUUGAUAGAGUUUAAUGUCUUCACCUUUGUCAACUUCCCUAUGUGCCGAGAAGAACUUUAAACCCCAACAAGGAGAGAGACUGAAAUUCUUCUGACUACAUGUGCUGUAAAUGACAGGAGGCAUUUCACAUUUCUACCUUCUUUCCAUCAGUAAUUUGAGUGUCGUUCCUGCUUCAUCGGCUAACGGGCACUUUGACCUGUGUGGAAGGAAAGCAUACCUUUCUUUUAACAUGCUAGCUCAAGGCAACCAAAGCAUUUUCCUCCUCUUUGGAUAUUGCUGCUCA